AUGGGAAGUAUUGAUACUCACACACUUGCCCUCCUUGGAUGCAAUGAGUUGUUUAACGAGUGGAAUGCUAUUUUACAGCAAAUACGUAAUUACCAAUUUGGGAAGGCUGAUUAUGUUGCCUUCAAAUAUAUUACCCUUUUGGAUGUUUGUUUUUAUCGAGGUAAAUUAAAAUAA